AUGGCAUCUGACCAACAACUUACAAUAUAUGAUCUUGCAACGAGACCAUUGAGGUCCCCAUCAUUGAGUAUAUCGUCGAAUAACUCAUCAUCGUUUAGUAGUGGCUACAAGAGGCGAUUUGAUGAUCGAUCAACAACAAAGACCAGUUUGGCACUACGAUCGUAUCGAAGCAAGACCAAUUCAAGUCACCAACGGAGCAAGUCAUCGCAAGUGAGCAGUUUGUUUAAAUGGUCUGAGUUGUCCAAAAUUACCAAAAUUACUACAUCACUCGACUUUGAAUCUGCUUAUGGGAAAGUGAUCAUUAUCAAAUCCAACGCUGUAUACAUUGCUCUAGGGACCACCGGUGGCAAGGUUAUAAUAUUCAACUACAACCAAGAUGUGCAAUUUACCCUAGAUUGCCAAGAACCUGGGGAUAUAUCGAGUAUGGUAUUUGCGUCAGACUCGUCGUUUUUCGCCGCUGGAUUCAAAGAUGGUGCAAUUAGACUCUGGGAGUUGAAACUGGAAUUGGCAAAGCCAUACUUUACCAUCUACCCCAACUUAAAAGACGGUCAUGCGAUGAAUUGUAGUAUUACAUUCUUGGCAUUUAUCGAACUGCAGACACAUCACCUUAUAAGUGCAGACGAAGCAGGAGUUGUUGUCAAACACAAUGGAAUUCGCAAAUUGCGUAAUGUAUACUUUUUCAGCGAAAGGCUUUUCACUACAGAAAGUAAAAUUCAGAGCUUGGGUAUGUUACCAAUGGGCUCUUCACACCAAAUAACUGAUGGAAUGGGAGUUGUUGCAGUGAUAACACGUGAUGUACUAUCUAUUUACUCAACCACAUCGUUGAAUGAUCCAGCAUUAUCUUUGUUAAAGACUCAGUACAAAAUUGGCGUCAAAAAUUCACGAAUAAAUACCGCCUUGUCAUGGUUUCCAUGUGUGAAAACUUUAAAUGGCAUCAGCAAUGCCAAGCUUGCGUAUAGCUGGGACAAUGUGGUGGGAAUUCUAGAGAUGAACAACAAGGUUUUCCCUCUGAAUUUUGUACAAGUUGUCAAUGAUGCCAAGGAUAAGGAUAAAUUUGUUCCGAAAUUACCGUUUAUAAAGACAGCUAAGCAAACUCUUGAAGGAAACGCAACUGAUAUCAAGUGGAUACAAUCCGACAUGGUAUGUGUUUUCACACAUGACAAGAUGUCGACUUUCUACUACAAUGGGGCAACACUUGAGCUCAUUGGGGAGGACUUAGUGCUAGACCAUCAACAAUUGAAUUCAGCCAAGCGUUGUUUUGUACUACUAGAUAACCAAAAACUUAUUCUUGGACGACAACUAAGUUGGGCUGAUAUACUUUUGGAGAAAAUCUCCAACUCGAAUUAUUUAGAAGCAUUGGAUAUCGCAGAUGAGUAUUACAACACCAACUCAAUUGGCAAGUUGGCGGCCGUUGGCUUACCAGCUGAUAAAACUAAGCGGUCCACUUUAGUACGACCUUAUCUAAUUGAAAUUAUGAGGGAGUCAAUUUCGCAUUUACAAGCUACCAAGCCUUCAAAGUACUUGGAAAAAUACUUGAUCAUAGUUGCAUAUGUUGAAUAUAGCAAUAUCUUGGAAGACUUGUUGUCCGUAGUUGACAAUGAUGAAAUAUUUUUCCAAGCAUUAGAACCAUUUGUUUUAUCAGAGUCAAUAAUGGCUUUACCACCUACUGUAUUGAAACGUUUGGUGGAACACUAUGCAUCAAAUGGUGAUUUAUUGACUGAAAUUUUGUGCACUUUGGAUAUUAAAAGUUUGGAUAUUGAUUUGACGAUCCUGUUGUGUAAACAACAUGAUCUACGUGAAUGUUUGAUUUACAUUUGGAACUACCUCUUGGGUGAUUACGAAACUCCGUUGUUGGAUUUCAUCGAGGAAUUUCGACAUCUUGAGCUGACCAAUUCAGAAAAUGCAUUCAAAGCAUACACAUACAUAUCUUUUAUUCUCACAGGGAGACAAUAUCCUACUGACAAAUUUAUUGUCACUAACGAACCAACAAGAGCUAUAUGCGACAUUUUAUUUUCAAGUGGGUCAAUCAUUCGUAAUGGCGAAGUUGUACAUGCACUUGAUGAUGGUACGAUUUUCCCUUAUUUGUACACUUUUCUUAAGACAAAUUCAUUUCAUAUGCUUUCGACCAUGAAUGAGUUUUUUGAGUCAUCAUUUCUCAAUGAUGAUACGCGAUUUACUAGACAGUUUUUGGUGGAGGCGUUGUUGGAUCUAUAUGAAACAAAUGAAUUUAGUGAAUAUGAUGGGUGUCAAUUGGCAAUUUUCAUUGCUAGAAAUUACCCCAAAUAUCCCCAAUUCAUUAGGCUUGCGGAAUCAACAUUGGAUGGCGUGAUUGACAAAUUGUGCUUGAAAAAAGAUCCUGAAAUUGCUCUGGAUUGUGAGUUGGCUUUACAAAGUUUGACAUCGGUUUACUUACCUGAAGACGAUCAUUUUAUAGAAAGAUUGGAAAUGGGCGGGUUUUACAAUGUGUUGGUCAAGUUGUACAUUUCUGAGCAAAAAUAUGCCAGUGCGUUGGAACUGUUGAUGUUGAAGGAUGUAAAUGAAGAAGGAUUUAUACUGGGGCUUCAAGCCAUUGUUGCUGACGCAUUUACAAAGAGUAGAGAUCCUAAUGAAAGGACUAAUCUUGUACGAAUUUUAAAGGCAAAUUUUGUCAAACUCGUUGGAUUGGAUGUUGAUGAAGUUUUCCCCUUGAUUCAUAAAUAUGCUCCUCAUCUUCACAGGGAGAUACUAAAUGUUGCGAAUGAUGAUGGUGAUGAUGAUGUAUUGAAGUAUCGCUAUUUGUCGAAGUUAUUUACAGAGGAUCAUGGCUCUGAGGAACUUCUUUAUGAAUACAUUCGAUUAUCUAUUAUAUUUGAAAAGGGGUCCAUUAGUGCUAUUGUGGGGAAGUUUAAGGACAUGAUUAUUGGGGAUGAGAAAGUGCUCACUCUAUUGAGGGAUCAUGACAUGACAGACAGUCAAGCAAUUGUGCUAGCUCAGCAACAUAAAUUCGAGGAUGCGGUGCAGGUCAUCAUGGACCGUUUGAAGCUAGUUAAGGACCUUGCUUGUAAAUGUGAAUGUGAAUCAUACGUGAACCUUGCUUGUACAAUCUGCGAGGACCCGGCAACCUACCAAGCCACAACCGAUGACGAAAUGACGCUUAAUGAAAAGCUAUGGUUAAAGUUGAUAACAUCGUUGGUUGAUCUCGCCAAUGUUGCUACUGAACCACCAAUUCAUGAGUUUUUCAACAGUUGUAUCCAUGAUUGUUUCCGCAAGAUUAGUGAUUACAAAGUAUUCAACUCUCGCAAUGAACAGUCAUUUUCAGCUAUUUUCACCAAAUUCUUACAAAAUUAUUCUAGUGAUGGUGAAAAUGCUAGUGUUGCUAAAUUAUCCAAUAUCAGACGUAUAUUGCAAGAAGUGUUUAUUUCAUAUUCAUACGAGGGUGAAAUUCUGGAGAUUUUGUUGAGAAUGUUGAAUGAUGCCGUUUAUAAGAACAUGCUUAUUGUUAGACAGAUCAAAUUAAAAGGAGUAGCUAGGUGA